ACUGUUUCAAAACAGCUCAACUCAGACUGUGAAGAGCUGCUGAUUCUGAUAUUUGAUUUAUAGAAACUGUAACUUAAUUCUAUCAAAGAGCAGUUAGUGAGGAAUUGGCUGGUUAAAGAGUUUUCAGCAUGGACGUCCUGAGUGGGAUUCUUCUCCUCUGCUUGGCUGUUGGGCUUUAUGUCGUUUGCUCGCUGUACUUUCUACACAAUCCCUGGAUUCUUCAUAAGAGGAAACAGCUGAAAUUCUUCUGCAGAAACAUUUCACACAGAGCAGGUUCUGGAGAGAAGAUAGAAAACACAAUGGAAGCGUUUACACAUGCUGUGUCUGCGGGGACUGAGAUGUUGGAGAUGGACUGUCACAUCACAUCAGAUGGACAUGUUGUCAUUUCACAUGAUGACAACCUUAUGAGACAAACCGGAUAUGACCAAACAGUGUCGUCUCUUAGAUUCCAGGAUUUGCCUCUCUAUAAAGAGCGACUCGAGGUCACAUUUAAUGUUGGACACUACAGUACAGGAAAGGACAGGAAGUUUGUGUUGCUGGAAGAUUUCUUUAAGAAAUUUCCCAGCAUCCCAAUUAUACUUGAGAUCAAAGUAAACAAUGACUUGCUCAUCAAAAAGGUCUCUGAUCUUGUGAAGCAGUACAGCAGAGAAAGUAUUACAGUUUGGGCUUCUGAAGAGUCUGGCGUUAUGGCUAAAUGUAAAGAGCAGAACCCGUCCAUGCCUUAUAUGUUCACUGUGAAGCGUGGAAUACUGCUUUUAUUGCUCUUCUAUACUGGGCUGCUUCCCUUUGUUCCUCUGGGUGAAAGUCUGCUGGUCUUCUACCUGCCCAGGAUUUUCAACAGGACUUAUAUUCCAGAAGAAGCCAUUCUGCAGAAAAGCUUUGUGGUGCAUCUCAUUCAGAAGUUGACAAUGCGGAAGUCUUUGUUUGAACACUUGACCAAGAGGGGCAUCCAGGUCCAGCUGAUUGUGUGCAAUGAGGAGAGCGAUAUGGAAGCAGCGUUUGCAGUCGGAGCUACAGGCGUUAUGUCCGACUACCCCACCCUCCUGACAAACUACAUCAGAAAACACCCUCCACCUCCACCUCCAACUAUUAGUGACUUCAAAAAGGAACAGAAUAAAGUGUCAGCAGAUAUUAAGCAGACAUUCUACUAAUGUAUGUAGUUGGCAGUGUUGGGAGUAAUGCAAGACACAUAAUCGGAUUACUUUUUCAAGUUACUAGUAAAGUAACGCAUUACUUUGAAACUUAAAAAAGAAAAAACUCCAAGUUACUUUUCAAAUGCAUUUAAAAAUAUUGUAAUGCAUUACUUUAAAAAGUAACGUUCCCAACACUAAUAGUUCGGAGAAUGUCUAAAGUGGACUAUUGAAAUAAAAUGUUACCACAGAUAAUUAAAACUAUGUACUAAUAUUUAAAUGAAUCGUGUGAUACAAUGCACUUACACUGUAUUAUUUUACAUUGUACUUGUAUAUAUACAGUUAUUUUUUAUAAAAACACCUGCAUGUAAUUACGUCUGUAAUUAAUUUCUAUAAUUGCAUUUAAUUACACCACUGGCCCUACACUCUCCUAGCCCUGACUUUACUUGUACCCCUCCUAAACAGCAGAGAAAAGGUUUUGCAAAAGUAGUUGUAGAUACCUA